CUCCUUGUCUAACAAACUCAUCAACCAUAUCUGGAAACAACAAAAGGCCUUGAUCAUCUCUUACCCGACACAAAUCGAUCAUGAGUCUACAGCUGCCUAGCAGUAAAGGCCCAGACGUUGAGCUCACUCAGCCGACUCAUGAGGAAGCCGUCCACCAAACCGAGCUAAACAGCAUUGAAUGGAAGGGUGCACUAUCACUCGACGCAUACCUUCGUAGAGAAGAUCAUCUUGGGAAACAGGAAUUAGUCCGUGAUGGUGGUCUCACGUCCUGGGCACUGGUGACAGGCGACGGUGAAUCUCGUGUCGUUCUGUCCAGCUGCGAAACAAUUCGCAAAAAGGCCCUUGUUGCUCAAAAUGGUCAGAUUAAAGAAGUCAUCUGUCAUGGUGUUGCCAGCGUAUUCUGUCCACCCGAGUAUCGUGGCAAAGGAUAUGCUGGAAGAAUGAUCAAAGACUUGGGGGAGAAGCUGCAAACAUGGCAGACUGACGGACAUGAUUGUUUGUUCAGCGUAUUGUACUCGGACAUUGGAAAGCAAUUCUAUGCAAACUAUAAAUGGCAACCAUUCCCAUCUGCCCAUGUCUCCCUGCCUCCUUCUAGCGAUACCAAGGAGACAUCUCUCCCGAAAGCAAGAGCUCUGUAUGCCACUGAUCUUACAGAACUCUGCAAUAUUGAUCUGAAGUUGGUUCGCAAGAAGCUCCGCAACGCAGCGUCCUCGGGCAAAACAAUAGCCUCAAUAGUGCCCGACGCCGAGACUCUUUCAUGGCACCAUGCUCGCGAGGAGUUUGUCGCAAACGAGCUGUACGGCAAGUCUCCCGAAGUCAAAGGCGCCAUCGUCGGUACUGAAGAAGGCAAGCGAGUAUGGUGUGUAUGGAUGCGGACAUGGUACAACAGCGAUCCUCAAAAAAGCAAAGGCAAUUCACUGAACAUCCUUCGACUUGUGGUGGAGGACCCUGAAUAUACCGACUUUAAUGCAGCUUCGGAUGAUGGCGUGGAGCAAGCGAAGGGCUCUUACGUGACUGCAGCUAUUGCGUCUCUCCUUGCUGCAGCACAGGCAGAAGCUAACAAAUGGUACAUGGGCUCAAUCGACAUCUGGAACCCUACAUCUGCGACGCUCGCAGCCGCGAGACAAUUGAAAGCUGGAACACAAGUUACUCACCGCGAGAACGACAGUAUCGCGAGCUUGAGAUGGUAUGGGGAGGGAUCAGUUCAAGAUAUCGAGUGGAUGGACAACGAGAAGUAUGCCUGGUGCUGAGUAAGGAGACGACAUUGUCGCAGAAUAAAGCAGAGCCAAGAUCAUUUCGCUCGAUGCAGCAAAUGCGCGUAUGCAACAUCGCAUCAUCACAUUGCUGUUGGAGCGCAUGAGAACACCUGCUUUCUACAGAAGUGUACAUAGCUGCUAACAGAGAUAACGAAUUCCCGAAUUUCACAGGGGCCAGAAUUAUUACCAAUCCAAAGCUCUAUCGAGCAUGAUGAUCAAACAAUAGUUUUGGCAUCCAGGCAUCUUGGAUUUGACGAUAUGGUUCAGCUACUAUGUGCUGAAGAUGAAGAAUUGACUGGUUGGGGAUACUG